AACACGUGUGAAUGAUAAACAGCUGUUGAAGCCGCAUUUUAUUUUUAUUUGGAAGAGGAACAGUACUAAGUUCUUAAACUAAACAAGCAAAAUGUCUGCUAGUAAGCAAAAGAAACUAAAUACGAUGGAGGUGGACCCCAACGACGAGGACUCCAGUUCCAGCGAGGAUGACGAUGACGACGAACCGCACCCAGAUGCGUACCGAGGCAACGAGGAGGUGCAAAUUGACUUCGAGGGUCGUGCUCCAGUGGAUCCCGACGCCCAGGGAAUAUCACAGUUGCUGCAGAGAUUGUUCCUACGUGCCCACAUCAACUGCAACCAAAUGGCGGAUCUGAUCAUAGCACAAAACUACGUGGGAAGCGUAAUUUGCCAGUGCGACGACGAGGGUGCCGAGAGCGAAACGGACGACGAAAACAUGGUCGAGGAUGGCACUGUCUUCGGGAUCACCUCCGUGCUGAAUCUGACCGCCAAGAAGGACCAGCCCAGCAUCGCUCAGCUAAGAACGUACCUACAAGAUCGCGCCAAGUCCCACGCUUCGGAGCAAGUGCAACAGCAACUGAAGGAGCUCCUCGAUAGCGAACAACGCCAUGUGGGCUUCCUGGUCAACGAGCGGUUCAUCAACAUACCAGCCCAGAUCUCUGUGCCACUGCUGCAGAAUCUCCAGCAGGAAAUGGAAGCAGCCAAGGCAAAGAAAAUGAAGUUCGACUUUGGCACUCUGCUGCUCCUGGUUAAGUUCUACAGAAAAGAGGCCAAGAAGGGAAAACCUGCAGAGGACAACUACACCAAUGCUGAGGAUGAGUUGCUUUCUGACCGGGCCAAGUUCGCCUUCGAGUAUUCCGUGGCUUCUGAGACGGACUCUGGGAUGUCUGGUGAUUGGCUGGAAGGCGAUGCCGUGAUGACUCCCUACCGGAAACUUCUGGUCCUGGAGGCCAAGCAGCUGCCACAACUAGUUGACGACAUACAGGGCUUCAUUAAUGGUGAAUAAAUAAUAAUUCUGUUGAA